AUGCCAUCCCCACCUAUGAAAGAUAUACACGAUGGUACCAAUCUAGAGGGUUUCGAUAAAUCAGAAGUUAAUUUAAUCAAUCACUUAUGUGAGAAUAUCCUUACAGGCUAUACGAUAAAUAAAGAAUUACUUUUGAAAUGGCAAGUGGAGUUAGCCGAAACUAGUCAUGAUAGCACAGAGCUAUCCACUAUAAUAGAAGAAGAAUUGGUAAUAUCAUAUCCUAUUGAAAUGACAAUUUGUUCUGUGGAAAAAAAGGAUAUUGAAUAUUUCUUUAACGAAUUGAGCAAUUUGGAUGAAGAGGUACACCAUGAUUUCAAGAUUAUUCUUUUUGAAUUGUUCUUAUACAGCGUUUCUUUAUCGUAUACCAUCAAAAUCCAUAUGUAUCGACAAGGUGUCCACAAAUUGAUAGCGACAAACUUUCUAAAAUUGAUAUCUACAGUCGAAUUGGAUUCUUCAUUCGAUUGUAAUGUUCCUCUGAAUUUGAGUCAACAUGGCAGAUUGAUAAUAAUUUUUAGUGAAUUUGGGUGUGAUAUUGAUUUGCUAAGAAAAUUAAUGAUGCCAUUAUAUAAUGAAAAAAUAAAUCACUGUAUUAAGUUGGUAUUGCUAGAUCUUUUAAAUCAACUCUUCACAAGCUACCCUUGUCAUUUUGACUUCUUUGUUUUGAAUGAUUUUCAGAAUUCGGCCAUAACAAUCCCGUUUACGAAUGAUUUAAAUUCACUGAAAUGUCUAACGAUACAAUCAUCUUUCAAAAUAAAUGUUUCUUGCAUGGAAAAUAAAUUCGAUGAUAGUACGUCUACUGUUACAUUAUUUCUUUUAGCGAAUUCAUCUGGUUCAAACUCAUCUACAUUAAAAGUCGAAUUACUCAACUAUAAUCAGUUUAUGAUAGAAAUCAAAAAUCAUCAAAAUGGCUCAAGGAUGCAAUUUUCAUUCAAUCAAAUCCUCGACCUUCCCAAUCAUGAUAACCAAAGCUAUACUCAUUUUGCAUUAACCUAUGAUAGUUAUAAUAAUUUGAAUCUUUUCAUAAAUGGUGAAUAUAGCGAGUCAAUUCCUUGCCCCGAGCUUUAUAAAAUUUUGAAUUCAUGGAAUAAAGUAUACAUCGGCGAUGAAAGGAAUACUUUAAACCACAGCAAUGACGAGUUACUUAUCAGGAAUUUAACAGUUCUUAAUGUUGCAUUGUCGUAUGAAUGGGUAAAUUUUCUAUAUAAUCUCGGUCUUGGAUACGAUUGGGAUUUUAAAGAUUUCACCGAAGAUAGACUCUUGAGUUUAUUAAAUCAUUUAAGUUACAGAGGAUUAAUUAAUGUCAGUUUGAAAAUCAAGGAACUUCGAAGUAAUCACGCAAGAGAAAAUUCAGACGUACUAAACCAUAUGAGACAAGGUAAAAAUCAGUUUGAGAUAAGUAGAAAUCUAACUAACGGCACACCUAAUAAUGUGAUUGACAGAAGAUCAAUAGUUAAAGUUCUUGCGUCGAGCAGAUUGAAGGAAUCAAAUGUAUUAUUCGACUCUAAUACAAGCUCGUUCAUGGAUUCCUUAGAAGCCCCUAACUCACCUAAGAUAUUAAUCCACAGAUCCAAUUCAAUCCACAGUUCACUUUAUAGUAUUGGAGGGUCAUCCCUAUUACUUAAACUAAUCGAAUAUUCAUCUCAAAAUUUAAAUAGCAAAGAUAACAAGAUAAUCGACACUAUGUUAUGCAAAUCUCUCACCUUGUUAUUUUCGGUUUUGAAUAACAAUUGGAGGUUGAAUAAAGAGUUUGAAAACAUUAAUGGUUAUGGAUUACUACUGAUUCUUUUGAUUCGUUACAAAGAAGAUGUUAAUUCAUCACUAGAGUUUAAUCUAGUGCAAGGGUUUGAUUCAAGCAAGAGCCCAGACACUGGACUUCAGAGACAAGACUUGUUGAAAGUAAUACUAAUCCAUUCAGGCUAUAAUUUUGUUAAUCCAUAUGAGUCUAUCAUUAUUAAUCCUAUAGCAUACAGAUUUCUAGUACUAAAUUUUGAGUUAUAUUAUGAAUCGAAUACGUUCGAAUUCUUACUAUAUCAUUUUCAAGUGCUCAUUAGUGAAAGUAAAUACUCGCAUAUCAAUGCUUCCGAGUUAAAAAAAAUGAAAAUACUACGAAAGCUUUUACAAUUUUUUAAAUCCCCUUUACUUUCAACUGAUCAGCCAGAAAAGAGUAUUGUUCAUCAAUUGUCAAAUACGUUUGACUCUAUCUUGAAAGCGGACACGUCAGUGGAAACAAUAAGAACAAUAUCUUUGUUUGUUAUUUACUUAUUGUAUCAUAAUCCUCAUAUCCACUCAGAAAGAAUUAGUGUUCUUGCCUUGAAAUCACUCACAAAAAUAUUAUGUGACUCAAACCUGUCAAUUAAAGUGUUGAAGAAAUUCUCUAGAUCUAUAACGAUCCAUUGGAUUUUACUAUUGCUUAAUUACAAAUCAUCUAAUGACAAUAAAUAUUCCAAAGAAGUCGUUCAUUGUGGCGUUCGAUUACUUACUAGGUUGUUAAAGAUUCUUGGUCCUCAUAUAAUUAAGAGAUUCUUUCAUGUGAAUCAUGGUUUGGAUAUUUUAAGUAGUUUCUUGAAAGACUGGUGGAAGGAUGAUGAAAUAUUAUGUCUAAUUUAUCUAGCAAGUUUCGGAAUUGAUUUAAAAGAUGUUAAUAAAUCAUCAUUAACGUUGACAGAGGUAUUAACUAAUGAGACUUACAUUCCGAGAUUAAACCAGUUAAUAAUGCCAGAAUUUUUGAUAUUAUUGAACAACUUAGUGUUGAAUUCAAUGAAUGCUUUAAGUAUAAAAAAAGGAAAAUCUUUGAGUGCACCAAGUUCGCCUUUAAAAAGUAAGAAGAGUGAUAAUGAUGAUGAUUUGGAAGUUUCCUAUGAUGUAUUACAUCUAAUUAAUCAAUACGCGGAAUCUGUCAAUUUUGGAAUUGAGAAAAUUAAGCCUUUGUCUGCAUUUUAUAAUAAGAAAGAGUGGUUAGAAGGUGCUUUUGAACUAUUAGGUCAUUUAAAAUUAUCUCUAUCGUGGACAAAUGUUGAGCUUUUACCAAAUUUUCAGAAUGCUUAUGAGAAAUUGACGAAAGUUUUGUCCAGCUUGUUUGUCGCUAAGUUAUUGAAAUCUUCUGAGUUUUUUGAUAUUUUUAAUGGCUUAAGUGAUUUUACGAAAAAGCUUAUACUUGAUAUUAUUUUUCCACGAAUAUUUGAACAUGUCAAUCAAUUUGUAGAUAUAUCUAAUUUCAUAUUCCAAGAAAAGGAGUUUUUAGAAGGUACCAUAGAUAUAUUGAACUACUAUUAUUCAGCAUUUAUUGACCAAAAUUAUGUUGUUGGAAACGAUGAUAUCGAUACUUUCAUGACUUGUGUGAUAUCCAUCAUAGAGACUAAUGAAGCAUCGAAAAGCACAAAUAAACCGUAUAUUGGAAUAAAGAACUUGAAGAAAUACCUAGGGGAAAUAAUUGUCAUUAAGUUGAUAAAAAUAUCGGAUGAUAGUAAGCAUGAAAAUGGAAGGGAUUGGAGUGAUAUAAGUCAAAACCUGAAGUCUGAUCUUCAAACCGAAGCAAGAUCAUUUGAGCAUGGCCAUAGGCUAGGUAAUUUUGUGAAAUGGCUACUUUAUAGACAAAUGACCAUACUUCGAAUGGAAGUUCUUGAUGAUGCAAAAAUGAGUCAAUUAAUUUCACUUCUAUUAGGCAACUUUUUCAAGUUAUCCUUCGAAGAGCAAAGCCAAAAAGCAGAGUACAUAUUCAACCUUUUACGUUCUUGUUAUAUGAUGCAUCAAGAAGAUUUCUACAAGACAAUUUCACUUAUAAGUAAGGAGAACGAUUAUACUGAAUGUGAGAUGUUAAUCACGGAGUUUUUUGACAAUUUACUAACAAAAAACGAUGAUGAAACGUUAAGAAAUUUACAAAAAUAUCCCACUUUUAAGCACAUCUUUAUGAAGAAUUUCCAUGUUUGUAUUGGAAAGUAUAAGGAACGUGCAACACUAAAUGUAAUAGAUAUGGCUGCUGUAACAUUGAAUAAUGGUGGAAGUUUAGGGUUCAUGAAUAACGUAUAUAUUAAGAAUUUUGAAAGGGAUUGUGACCAGUUGCGAUUAUCUAUGGUUAAUGGAGAGCUAAUAAAAUUCAGUAGGACUGAACAGGACAAACAGGAAAAUAUGCAAUAUUUUGUUACAACAUAUAAUUCGUUGAAAAUUGAAGUUGCUCGAUUAAUAAAUCAAGAGGAUAUAUUCAAUACAAAAUCUCAUUACAUUUUGGACUUCAUUGAGAAUGUUGACCGCAUGAGGAAGAGAAUGAUUGUGGAAAAUCAAUUAUCUGAAUCAGAGAAACUCUCAUACAAUAUCAAUAUCCCUAUUAAACUGGUAGAAACCAUCAAUAGUGAAUUUCCAUCAUUUCAAGAAUUUGAUUAUACUAUGACAAAUAGUGACAUGGAUGCUCUUCUGGCUGCUACUGAGGAUAAUGACAGUUACGAGGUUAUUGAUGAUGCAUCGGAUAUGAUGGAGUCAGAAGGCAGCUCGUUUGAAGACAGGAAUAGGAAAGUUAUAAGAAGUUUGUACAUGGGUGACCAAAUUGUUGCAUUAUGGAAUAUUAGUCAAAUAAAUGGGUUAGCACCUAUUGAAAGUUUGAUGAUAUUGGGAACUGAUCAUUUAUAUUUGAUUGAAAAUUAUUUGCAUUGUGAAAAUGGAAAUGUUAUCGAUGCACAUGAUGCCCCACUUGAAUUAAGGGACCCUUAUCUUCAAUUGGUGAAUUCGCAAUCUAGCAAUUAUUUGAAAGUUGAUAAUGGAAGAUCACACAGAACAAAAAGCUGGGGAUUGGAUAAACUAAGCUGCAUAUCAAAGCGCCAAUUCCUAUUACGUGAUAUAGCUAUAGAGAUGUUUUUUAGUGAUGGUGCAAGUAUUCUUAUUACUUGCUUGUCGACCAAGGAACGUGAUUCUAUAUACAGCAAAUUAUUCUCCUAUGCAUCAGGAAAAGGCUUGGAUAAUGAUUUGUUGCAAGCAUUGCAGCUUUCUUCUUCAAUUUCUACAAAUCAUGCUUUGGCUGAUGGAACAUCCUUUUUUACUUCGAAAUUAGCAUCGGCAUUUACGUCCGGAUCAACCUCAUCAUUAUUGGCAGCUACGAAGAAGUGGAAGAGAGGUGAGAUGAGUAACUUUUAUUAUUUGAUAAUUAUCAAUACCCUUGCUGGAAGAACAUAUAAUGAUUUGACACAAUAUCCAGUGUUCCCUUGGGUAAUCGCUGACUACACGAGCGAAACUUUAGACUUAUCGAAUCCGAAAACUUUCCGUAAUUUAUCAAAGCCAAUGGGUGCACAAUCUAGUGGAAGGGCAAAAGAAUUUCAAGAAAGAUACGAAGCUUUGGAUAGUUUGCAUGAUCAUAAUGCACCCCCAUUUCAUUAUGGGACUCAUUAUUCGUCUGCAAUGAUUGUUACCUCCUUUUUAAUACGGCUAAAACCAUACGUGCAGUCAUACUUGUUAUUGCAAGGGGGAAAGUUUGACCAUGCAGAUAGACUUUUUAAUUCCAUCGAGAAAGCUUGGAAUUCGGCAUCGAGAGAUAAUACGACAGAUGUAAGGGAAUUAACUCCAGAAUUUUUCUAUUUACCUGAGUUUUUGACUAACUCAGGUAAUUUUGAAUUUGGGACUCUUCAGAAUGGACAAGCAUCCAAUGAUGUCGCUCUACCACCAUGGGCAAAAAGCGAUCCUAAAUUAUUUAUUGCAAAAAACAGGGAAGCUCUAGAAAGCUCGUAUGUUUCUGCUAAUUUACAUCUAUGGAUUGAAUUAAUCUUUGGUCAUAAGCAAAGUGGUCAAGAAGCAGUUAAUUCAUUGAACGUCUUUCAUCAUUUAUCCUACAAUGGGGCCAUUAAUCUAGAUAAGAUUAAUGAUGAGGUAGAAAAGAGGGCAAUAAUUGGGAUGAUCAAUAAUUUCGGACAAACACCAUUGAAGAUAUUUCAAAAGCUGCAUCCGAUUAAAGAAGUAUUAAAUAUACCGAACUAUUAUAUGAGCUUAGUAAAUACUUAUCUUGAACCGCGUUUGUUAUUUAGCUCCAAGUUAAAGGCCCCUAUAAAGAAAUUGGAGCUAAGUCUGAGAAAGUGGUUAGGUAGACCGGCUUGUGUAAGUAGUGAGGAUGAUUUGUUGAUUCGGAAAACUAAUCUAUUGAAAGGUAAUUGCCGGUCAUUAAUAAUUAAUCAGACGACAUUUUUGAAUAUUCAUCUGUCUAAUAUAACCUGUAUCCUUCAGAUAGGGCACAAAGGAUUCUUAACAGCUUCUGAAGACGGGAUCAUCAAUGUAUGGAAAUGUACCCUAAAGCCAAGUAUAAGUUUGCAAUUUCAAUGCGUGCUUAGGGGACAUUUCACAGAAGUUUCUUCAUUGAACUUUAGUAGUAGUUUCAAAAUAGGUGUUAGCGUUGAUAUUGAUGGAAUGAUUAUUAUAUGGGAUUUCACAAGGUUUAAAUUUGUCAGAAAGAUUAUGCCACCUUCUACUGUUAAGACUCCUCUAAAAGUAUUCACUUCUAUUUCGAAUGACACAGGAAAUAUAAUUACGAUAUACAGCUCAGAAGAGAAGAAUUUAUUAAUCAUUUAUACUAUAAAUGGAGAUAUUAUUCUCUCAAAAUAUUUAGAGGCUGGAAUAAUUUCAUGUAUAACCUUUGGGAGUAUUAAUGAUCCUAUGGUGGAUACUGACAAGUAUCUGGUUACAAAUAGUCAUACAUACUGGUCCAAUGAAUUGAUAGCAAUUGUAUAUGAUUCACCAAAAAGGCUCGUCAAUAUAUAUGAGCUAAAAGAAGAUGAAGGAAAUGAAUGUUGGGCUUUGGCAUUACUAGACUCAAUGGAUUAUGGAUCCACAUCAAUUGGAGAAAUUACAGCUAUAGAAUUAUUCAAGCAAAGUGAAAUUGAUUCAGAGGAUAAGUUAUGUAGAGGAUCAUUGAAAUUAGUGAUUGGAGAUUCCUUCGGUAAAGUAUAUAGUUGGUGA